AUGUCGGACUUCAGCAUCGAGCGCAUCCUCUCCCCGCAGCUCGGACACAAGCCACCAGUGAUGGAGUUUCCACCGGACGGAUAUCUCCAGGGGAUCCCCGGCGCAUUCAGUCUGGAUUCUGGGAACCUCAGGCCUCCUGCGCCAGUCCCAGUCCCAGUGUCAGUGCCAGGCUGCCUGCAGUACCAAGGGAUGAGUUUUGGAGAGGUGUUUUACCCAUACGCAGCCGGUUUCCAUCGCACCGACUUUAGCAGCAUUUAUCCGUUUAUUCAGUAUGUGAACUUCAGCGGCUGCUCUGCAGAUGCUCAGCCGUUGUCGGGUUACCAUGGCUACCACGAGGCCGGGGUGUCCGCUCAGUCGCAGCCGCGUCAGAAGGGUCGGAUAAGGACCGUGUUCACAGACAGUCAGACGAAGCAGCUCGAGGCGCUGUUCGAGUUUACCGAAUACCCGGGGAUGGAGGCGCGCGCUGAGCUGGCGAGGAGCACGGGGCUGAGCGAGGAGACGGUCAGGGUGUGGUAUAAGAACCGCAGGGCCAGGAGGAAGCAACAGCGCAGUGGGUCAAAGGUUAAAUCCCCCUCCCCUCCUGCCUGCAUUGGAGCAGAGAAGAGUCUUUUGACCUCCUUCCUCUGA